AUGCUGCCCAGCAGAGGCGUCCUCCGCUCUCUCCCCUCCGUGAGGGCGACCAGCAGCAUAUCCAGCCAAUCCAUCUCCAGGUCAUCCAGACGACUCGGCGAUGGGCGGCAGUUCGGAACCUCCCUGCGCAGCAGCGGUGCGCCCUGGUCCUCCCUGAGGUCAGUCAACUCCAGAUUGGGUGGUCUUGCCGGCACAGUAGCCAUCGGUGGCUCCCUCGAGACACGACGCGCCCUCUCUCUCUGGAACUCUAAGCCCGAGCCGGCACCCGCUCCUGCACCCGCUCCUGCACCUGCACUCGCUCCCGCGCCCGCUCCCGCGCCCGCGGCAACAGCAUCGACACCAGCAGCUCCCGCAGCAGCUCCAGCACAACCUCCCGUCGACGCUGCGUCCGCCUCCGCGUCCGCCUCCGCCCCGGCACCAUCCGUUCCCACCCCCGAACCAGUCCUUGCCGACGCCAGCGCCGCCGCCACCCCCUCCACCUCCCUCCCCGACCUCGACGCCGCCGCCCUUCUCGACCUGCCCGAACAGAUCGGCUUUCUCAAGACCCUCGGCCUCGACUUCGGCUGGGGCCCCUCGAGCGUGAUGCAGUGGUCCUUCGAGCACCUGCACGUCUACUCGGGCAUGCCCUGGUGGGCCUCCAUCGCCGCUACCGCCGUCCUUCUGCGCCUCGUCAUGUUCAAGCCCCUCCUCAAGUCCCAGGACACCGCCGCCCGGAUGCAGAAGCUGCAGCAGGACCCCCGCUACGAGGAGAUCCGUACCGGCCUGCAGGAGUCCAUGGCCCGCGGCGACUCCGCCGCCAUGACCGAGCUCCGUCGCGACCUGUCCAUGAUGAACAAACGCGCCGGCGUCAACCCCCUCAACGGCCUCUGGGGUCUCCUGCAGAUUCCCUUCGGGUACGGCAUGUUCCGCGUUCUGAACGGUGCCUCCAGCAUCCCCGUCCCCGGCAUGGAGACCGGCGGCCUUCUCUGGAUUUCCGACUUGACCGUUUCCGACCCCUUCUUCCUCCUGCCCAUUGCCGGUCCAUUCGCCAUGUUCGCCAUGGUCAAGCUCGGUUCCCGCUACUCCACGCCGCAGGCCAAAGCCCAGCAGAAGCUGAUGAUGUACAUCCUCGGCCCCCUCUCCGUCAUCUUCACCGCCUACCUCCCCGCCGGCGUCCAGCUGUACUUCUUCGUCACCGGUCUCGUCGGAGUCCUCCAGAACUGGCUCUUCACCAAGCCCGGCUUCCGCAGCUUCUUCAACCUCACGCCCCUCCCCUCGACUCCGACGCCCGCCGCCGCCGUCCCUGCCGCCCCUGCCAGCCAUCUGACAUACCAGGCCCCGCGCGCCACCCCCGCCGCUCCCGCCCUUGAGACUCCCGCCCCCGCGCAGGACGGCACCAUCAACGGCGUCUUCAACAACAUUAAGCAGACGGUGCACAACGCCAAGGGCGGUGCCGGCAACUACCUCGAGGCCAACCGCGCCAAGGAGGAGGCCAAGCACGCCAAGAAAUACGCCACGACGAGGGCGGAGCAGGAGAGACAGAAGUUCUGGGCCCAGAUGCGUAAGAAGUGA